CUGUGCAGGAGAGCGCUUUCGUCAUCGAACUUUUUCGUAUACAUUCCACAAGCUGUACCUACUCUUGGUAGGGGAGCUAUUGUCCACUGCCAAUACUUUCAUUCUUACAGCAAGUGAUGAGCUCGCCUUUUGUAAGGAGCAAUCGAGGUAGGCAUACAGUAUUGCCGCUUCUACGUUCACCCUUAUCAUCGACUCGCCUUUAUUCCUCUCGACUGGACGCAAAAAGACCUACCCAGACACCGACACACCAGCCAGGCGGACAGGCUGCUCCGCUACGAUUCUUCCCUUUCCUCGCUCUUUUCCUCCUCAGCAGCGGCACAUACGUCUUCCUUGUGAAACGGAGGGCGGGGCAUCAAACAACAGUCUCGAGCGACAACCGAAGGAAAGCCAAUACCGAGCGGUAAUCACACUCGGUUCUCGACGCUGUUUGUCAUGGCCACGAUAGAGCCGACCUCAGGCACUCCGCUGGUAACACAACCAGACCCGCCCCUAGCCUCCAGCAAUGCUUCUCCAGUCUUUGAUCCGCAAAAGGUUACGGUCCUCUUCAUCCUCGGCGGUCCAGGUGCUGGAAAAGGAACACAAUCCGCCAACUUGGUGCGCGACUAUGGAUUUGUACACCUUUCGGCAGGUGAUCUUCUGAGAGAAGAGCAGGACAAAGAAGGAAGCAAAUACGGCCAGCUGAUCAAGGACUACAUCAAAGAAGGCCUUAUCGUUCCCAUGGAGGUUACGGUCAAGCUUCUGGAGAAUGCCAUGCGAGCUAAGCUAGAUAAGAACGGUACCGGCAAGUUCUUGAUCGAUGGCUUUCCCCGCAAAAUGGACCAGGCGGUCUUCUUCGAGGAGACUGUUUGCCCUUCGAAAUAUACUGUAUUCCUUGACUGUCCGGAGGAUCUUAUGAGGGAAAGGCUAUUGAACCGGGGGAAAACAAGUGGCAGGUCGGAUGACAACGAGGAAAGCAUCAUCAAGAGAUUCAGGACAUUUGUAAACACAAGUAUGCCUGUGGUUGAUCAUUUCUCUCAAGAAGGUAGAGUUAUGAAAGUUCCGGCCGACGGAACAGUUGAGGAGGUGUAUGAGAAGCUGGUCCAGAGUCUGGCAGAGAAGGGAAUCUCACCUUCAUAGCUCUUACUGGACAUGACAAGGGGAUACAGAAUCGGUGCGAGCUCCAUACCGACCCAAGGAUCCUGGCCUUUGGCCAUGGCGACUUUGGUGUGCUUGUCGACCGCAUGGUGGCACAAGUCGCUCGUCUGUUAUCACGACGUUCUUGUGUCCCCUCGGCUAUGUGGUGGCCUUCAAACGAUGGGUUGGCUGAAUCUUCCUGCAUUCAUUUUGGGGACGAUCAUGAAUCGCGCAUUUUAGUACGUUCUGGUUGAGGUAUUGAGCUUACUUUGACUGCCUCCAUACUACCUCUGGCACUAUCUUCUAAUCACUAUCCUCGGCACUCUCAUCAGUUGUACUAUCAAAGCCCUCGAAUGCAUCCUCAUCGUCCCGUAGGUCAUCCUCACUAUCAUGUGGUGGUUGCAUUACAAAGGCCUUCAUGCAGGUAAUCCUAUUGCCUGUUC